AUGGCCAAGCCGCUCAAGACAAGAUGCAAACAAGGCCGACCGGUCGACCACGGCCAUGCGCUAGACUUCGGUUUCAGUUCACGCGGUCGCAACGGCGAGCGAGGUGGUGAGGUCGCACGAGUCGCAGGGGCACUGUGCCAUCGCCAGGUAAGCAGUGCCACCAAGCCUUCCACAGGUCAAAAACCUUCCCUGGCGGCAGGGAGGGCCUGA